AUGGUUUUAAGUGUUGAUCUUCUGCCAUCUGAUGGUAUUUCAACCAUACUAUUCACAGCGCUCUGCACCGGCUUUGUAGGGCUACUUAUUCAUAUUGAGUGGACUGCUCGACAAAAUCCCCUGUCGUCCCUUCCAGGACCGUGGAUUUCCAAAUACACAGAGGGUCUUCUGACCUUUUACUGGCUAACAGCUCGUCGUACGACUUACGUGGACUCUCUUCACAAGCAAUAUGGUCCCUUGGUUCGAAUCAGCCCAACGGAGGUCGACGUGGCGGAUGUCAAUGCCGUCAGAGAAAUCCACAAAGUAGGGGGUCGAUACUGGAAGUCCGAAUGGUAUCGCAGAGUUGUCCCAGUGGGAGUUGAGAACAUCUUCAGCUCGGUUGACCCUCAAAUCCACGCCGUUCAUCGCCGGCUCCUAUCAGCACCCAUCGCGGAGGCGAAUCUUAAGCAAUUUGAGCCGAUUAUUGACGAGCGAAUCCAGUUAACUAUUCGAAAAAUCAAGGAUGAGCUUCACACCCGAGGUGCUGCGGACGUCUUCAAGUGGUUCAAUUUUAUGUCGACUGAUAUUGUGGGUGAAUUGACCUUUGGCGAGUCAUUUCGUAUGCUUGAAUAUGGCAAGAAAAAUCAAUAUUUCCUAGAUAUCCAAAACACAGCAUCAAUGCACCCAAUCCGCACCACAUUCCCUUUCCUGAUGAGAUGGAAUCAAUAUUUCCCAAUCCCGUUUAUCCGCAGCGCGGCCGCAGCAUCGAGGAGACUUGCUGUGUACGCGGAGCAAUCGAUCCAGCGUUACAAAAAUAUGAUCUCGUUAAAUCCUACCAACCCCAAGCAAACUCUCUUCACCAAGCUAUUUGAUGCGGGUGAGGACGGCCUCACCGACUCGGAAAUCCGAUACAAUGCACACGCCUACAUUGUUGCAGGGAGUGACACAACAGCAGUCACUUUAACUUACCUGGUCUAUGCGGUGUUGAAGCACGAACAUGUUAAGCAAAAGCUGCUCGCCGAACUCCGCGAACUGCCAGUAGAUCCCACCGACAAAGACCUUCGCGAUCUUCCAUAUCUCAACCGCGUUAUCCAAGAGACUCUGCGAGUAUACUCUGUCGUUCCAUCGGCACUCCCUCGCGUUGUUCCACCCGAGGGAGCAACACUAGCAGGGCAUUCACUACCCGGAGGUACGGUUGUUUCAACACAGGCGUACACGUUUCACCGAGACCCUACUAUUUGGUCCAAUCCGGACGAAUUUGACCCUGAUCGAUGGAUUAACCCAACUAAAGACAUGAAGGAUUCAUUCCUUCCAUGGGGCGCUGGAUCUCGCAUCUGUAUUGGAAUGCAUCUAGCUCGGAUUGAAUUAAAGAAAGGCGCUGCUCUGUUCUUCCGGAACUUCCCUACUGCACGGCUUACCACGAAGGAAGGGUUCUCGGACCAAGACAUGGAUCCGGUUAUUUUCUUCCUAAUGUCUCCCAAGGGACAUCGUCUUCUAAUUGAAGCUUGA